AUGUUUUCAAGUGGGCGGAUACGAUAUCUCGUAUGAAGCUUGGUGUAUGGUAACCUAUGAGAAACAAGCUUGGAAAUUCUGAUAAAAAUUCAUAUCUGACUAUUCUUUAUAGAUGUUAUCCUUAUCAGUACGACAGAUUAGUAGAAAGCUUCAAGAUGGUGUCAUUGUUCCAUCAGAUGUUUGUACAGCUUGCCUGUACCAGGCUGAAAAGUUGAAGAAAUUAAAUAUCUUUGUCAGAUUGACAAAGGAAGUGGCAGAGCAUCAAGCCAAAGAGUCGGAUGUCAGGUAUACAAAUGGUAACGUCAGGAGUUUGUUAGAUGGCAUUCCAGUGGCAGUGAAGGACAAUUACUGUACACGCAAUAUUGAGACUACAUGUAGCUCACGGAUGCUGGAAAGCUUUAAACCUCCAUACAAUGCAACAGUUGUCCAAAAACUGCAGGAUGCAGGUGCAGUUCUUCUUGGGAAAUGUAACAUGGAUGAAUUUGCAAUGGGGUCAGGCACUGUGGAUUCAAUUCAUGGUCCAACUAAGAAUAUUUGGCAAUCAGGAGAAAAAUAUACGUUAUUAAGAAAUGUCGGAGAAAGGGCAACAUCCGUAGAGCAAGUUCAGGGAUGUAAUUCCACCCAUGGUUCUAAGAUGGUGUACCAGGAACUUCAUCACCUUUCUUCGCACAGCAAUAAAGAAGGAAGUAGCAGCCCCUCAGAAGAAGGUGACUGGUUCAUCGCUGGCGGAAGUUCUGGAGGCAGUGCUGUCGCAGUAGCUUCAGGCGCUGUGUUUGCGGCCCUUGGUUCGGAUACUGGAGGUUCAACAAGGAACCCAGCUGCAUAUUGUGGUGUCGUGGGUUUGAAACCGAGCUAUGGUCUGCUCUCUCGCCAUGGUCUCAUACCGCUAGUCAAUUCCAUGGACGUUCCAGGAAUCCUGACAAGGACAGUGGAUGAUGCUGCUACGCUACUAAAUAUUCUCGCCGGCCACGAUCUGCUGGACUCGACUACAGUGCAAGACAGUUUCAUUCCAUUGGAUCUGAGUCAAGAUAUAGACAUCAGUAGGAUAAGAAUUGGAAUACCGAAGGAGUAUAACUGUCCAGGGAUGUCUGAUGAAGUGAUGGAGACAUGGAGUGGGGUUGCAGAUAUUCUGGAGAGAGCAGGAGCAGAAGUAGUGCAGGUUUCCAUGCCACACACCCCAUCAUCAAUAGCAUGUUACUCUGUGCUGAAUCAGUGCGAAGUUGCGAGUAAUAUGGCACGGUAUGACGGAAUUGAAUUUGGACUGCGCACAGCAGAGAACAGGUCCACAGAGGAGCUGUAUGCAUCAACACGCAGUCAGGGAUUCAAUGAAACAGUUCGAGGUCGCAUCCUAGCAGGAAACUACUUCUUGCUACAAAGAAACUACCCUCAUUAUUUUUUGCAAGCUUUGAAGGUACGUCGACUGAUUGCCCAAGACUUCACUCAUGCUUGGUCAUCAGGUAUUGAUGUUCUGUUGACACCCACAACACUGACGGACGCUCCCCGGUAUUCCCAGUUUAUAUCACGGGACAACAGAGAACAGUGUGCAUCACAGGAUUACUGUACACAGCCCGCAAAUAUGGCAGGAUGUCCUGCAGUUACCCUGCCCAUCAAACUCUCUAAACAAGGACUGCCACUCAGCUUGCAACUUAUGGGCCAGAGUUACAGGGAAGAUGUGUUGCUGGCAGUUGCAAAAUGGAUUGAGACUGCAGUUGAUUUCCCGCGUCUGCAGUUAGAGACAUAAGACUCUUUCCCUCAUGUGUUUAUGUGUGUGUAUCGUAAGUAAAUUAUAAUUAACAUGAAGUUUUCUUAAUAAAUUCCUCUUCAUUAUAUCAAAGUAGUCAGGCUUUGAAUUGCACUCAGAAAAGGAUCAGAAGAGGUGGGCAUUAAACAGAUCUUGU